AUGGCGGACGGGGCGCGCUCGCUGCGCGGCGGCGGCAGCGGCAGCAGCAGCCCGGCCUCCAGCCCGGUGCUGGGCGGGCGGGGCCGCGCCGCGGCGGGGGGCAGCAGCCCGCCGGGCCACGCGUUCCGCAGGGUGACCCUGACCAAGCCCACCUUCUGCCACUACUGCACCGACUUCAUCUGGGGGCUGGCCGGCUACCAGUGCGAGGUUUGCAACUUCAUGUCUCACGAGAAGUGCCUCAAGAAUGUCAAGAUACCAUGCUCAAGUAUUGCUCCCAGCCUUGUAAGGGUUCCAGUUGCACACUGUUUUGGGCCUCCAGGACAUUACAAAAAAAAGUUUUGCACUGUGUGCAGGAAGUCCCUAGAGUCACCUGCCUUUCGAUGUGAAGUUUGUGAGCUACAUGUGCACACAGACUGUAUCCUGUUUGCUUGCAGCGACUGCCGGCAGUGUCACCAGGAUGGGCACCUGGACCAUGAUACUUACCACCAUCACUGGAGGGAGGGAAACCUUUCUUCAAGCGCUCGUUGCGAGUUUUGCAAAAAAACCUGUGGGUCUUCUGAGGUGCUCUCUGGCAUGAGAUGUGAAUGGUGCGGCAUCCUGGCUCAUGCUGCUUGCUAUGUAAUUGUCACACCAGAAUGUACCUUUGGAAGAUUAAGGAAUAUGAUUCUUCCUCCAAAUUGUGUUCAACUGUUUUCUCGCAACUUCAGCAAAUUGCAUUGUUUUCGAAUAUCAGAAAAUUUGCAAACCGAAUCAGAUGAAGAUGAUGAUGUUGAUGGCUCAACACAAGGAUCAACAAAAGAUAUCCAAAUUUCAACCGAUUCAAGUAAACAAACACUGAAGAUAUUUGAUGGGAACGAUGCAGUGAAACGCAAUCAAUUUCGACUAAUUUCAGUUCCAAGGAUUGCAAAAAAUGAAGAAGUUGUGGAGGCUGCUUUGAGGGCGUACUACAUAAAUGAUGACCAGCAGGAAUAUGAGCUUCAGACCUUUACACAGCAGGUGCUGCUCUCUGAUGAUGUUAUCAACAGGAAUGAUGCUGCAGAGGACAGUAACUUGGGCUCAGUAUUCCGAGAAUCUGUUCCUGAAGCUUGGAUCAUCAGAGCCAAACCAAAGGAUGAGGAAGUGAUCAGAAUUUAUCCUGCCUGGCUAAAGGUGGGAAUGGCAUAUGUUUCUCUACGAGUUAAUAAGGAUAGCACUGUGCAGACUGUGAUCAAAGAAGUGCUCCCAUUACUUGGAAGGCAGAUGGAGUGCCUCCAGAAUUUCAAAUUGGUGGAAGUGCUUAUGGGCAGUAAGCAAGUUCAGCGCAUGGUCUUGGACAAUCAGGAACUGAUUCUUAACAGACUCAAGGACAUAAGAAAGACUUCAAUACGUCAGAUGAAUCAAACAAGAUUUUACAUUGUGGAAAACAGUAAAUCCAUUGUACAAGUAAAUUUAUUUGUUGGUGGCCUUCCACCUCAACUUUCCUCUGAGGAAUACACAAACAUUCUCAAGGAAGAAUUAGCUAUCAAAACAAAUGUAGUAUCUGUGAGUCAUGUUUAUCAAGCACAAGGCGCUGUUGUACUCCAAAUUUCAUGUUUUUCUGAAGCUGAAAGAAUAUAUAUGCUAGUUAAAGAUACCGUUGUCAAUGACAAACCUCUGAAUGCUGUGGUGCUUCCUGCAGUUAUGGCUUCCAAGAUACCACAGAAUUGUUGCCCGCUUCUUGUAUUUGUGAAUCCAAAAAGUGGUGGUCUAAAAGGCAGGGAUCUGCUGUACAGUUUUAGAAAGCUGUUAAACCCACAUCAAGUCUUUGAACUUACCAAUGGGGGCCCACUUCCUGGGUUUCACACGUUCUCCAAAGUCCCCUCCUUCCGAGUGCUGGUGUGCGGAGGGGAUGGCACUGUUGGCUGGGUCCUUGGUGCACUUGAGGAGAUCAGGCACAAGCUGGUGUGCUCAGAGCCCUCAGUUGCCAUCUUACCUUUAGGAACAGGUAAUGACCUGGGGAGGGUCUUGCGUUGGGGAGCUGGCUACAGUGGGGAGGACCCGUACUCCAUUUUGGUUUCCGUGGAUGAAGCAGAUGAUGUUCUUAUGGAUCGCUGGACUAUCCUUUUGGAUGCAGAAGAGCCAGCUGAAGGCGCAGAAAAUGGCAUUGCAGAACCUGAGCCUCCCAAGAUUGUACAGAUGAACAAUUACUGUGGUCUGGGCAUUGAUGCUGAGUUGAGCUUGGACUUUCAUCAUGCUAGAGAAGAAGAACCAGGGAAAUUUAAUAGCAGGUUUCACAACAAGGGAGUUUAUGUGAAAGUUGGGCUGCAGAAGAUAAGUCACACUAGAAACCUUCACAAGGACAUAAAGCUGCAAGUGGACCAGCACGAGGUGGAGUUACCAAGUAUAGAAGGACUCAUUUUUAUUAAUAUACCCAGCUGGGGCUCUGGAGCCGACCUCUGGGGGUCUGAGAGUGACAACCGCUUUGAGAAACCACGCAUCGAUGAUGGCCUGCUGGAAGUGGUUGGUGUGACUGGAGUCGUUCACAUGGGUCAAGUCCAAGGUGGUUUUCGAUCAGGAAUCCGCAUAGCCCAAGGCUCAUAUUUCCGUGUAACACUCCUAAAGCCAAUUCCAGUUCAAGUUGAUGGAGAGCCCUGGAUUCAGGCUCCUGGCCAGAUUAUAAUUUCUGCUGCAGGACCAAAGGUCCAUAUGUUGAAAAAAUCCAAGCAGAAGCAGAAAAAAACUGGAAACCUGAAAGAGAUGAAAGUGGAUAGCAUGUCAGUCUCGGAAGGAGGACGCUAAGGGGAGACCUGUGUUCACACCUAUGGUAGAUACCACCCUGGUCCAGUAAAACCAAGUGCAGACAAGUUGUGAAGAGUGUUGCCUAUGAGCGUGCCUUUCAUUACAU